GGAAGUGACAUCGCAGCAGCCUCCUUAUACGGAGCUCCUUCGCCUUUCUCCGGUUACUUGUAGGUUAAAUCAGUUUCUGUUUCUUUCCACUAAAGGUUUCUCGCAUAUUUACCGGGACAGCGCCCUGCGGAGCUCAGCAUGGGCACCGUCCAUGCCCGGAGCCUGGACCCUCUGCCCAUGCAGGGGCCUGAGCUGGGAGUUCACGCUGACGACAUUGAGGCUCCAGACAUUGAGCAGGAGCCAAAGCAAGAAGUUCUUGAAAACAAGGAUGUUGUAGUCCAACAAGUGCACAUAGACGGGCUCGGAAGAACCAAAGAGGACCUGUUGACUUAUGAAAUCGCAGAUGUUUUCCGGGCAAAAAAUUUAAUUGAUGUAAUGAAAAGGUCCCAUGAAGCCCGACAGAAGCUGCUGCGUCUCGGUAUCUUCAGAAAAGUUGAAGUUGUUAUUGACACCUCACGAGGUGAGGGUGCUCUUCCUAACGGCCUCGAUGUGACCUUUGAGGUCACUGAGCUGAGACGGAUGACGGGCAGCUACAACACCAUGGUUGGAAACAAUGAAGGAAGCAUGGUACUGGGCAUGAAGUUACCUAACGUAUUUGGUCGGGCAGAGAAAAUGACCUUCCAGUUCUCCUACGGCACCAAAGAGACAUCCUACGGCCUGUCCUUCUUCAAACCCCAACCGGGACACUUUGAACGAAAUGUCACAAUCAACAUGUACAAUGUAACAGGUCAGUUUCCAUGGAGUUCACUCAGAGAGACGGAUCGAGGCAUCUCUGGAGAGCUGAGCUUCCCUCUGUGGAAGACCAACCAAACCCUGAAGUGGGAGGGGGUGUGGAGAGAGCUGGGUUGUCUGGCUCGCACCGCCUCUUUUGCCGUCCGGGAGGAAAGCGGCCAUUCUCUCAAAUCAUCCCUUUCGCAUGCCAUGGUCAUCGACACCAGAAACUCCUCCAUUCUUCCCAAGAAAGGUGGCCUUUUGAAGAUCCAUCAGGAGCUCGCUGGUUACACUGGUGGAGAUGCCAGUUUCCUGAAGGAGGACUUUGAGAUCCAGCUGAACAAAACACUCUUCUGGGACUCGGUCCUUUCUGCCUCACUGUGGGGCGGUUUGCUCCUGCCCAUUGGUGAGAAGCCAACAAGCAUAGCAGACAGGUUCUACCUGGGCGGCCCCACAAGUAUCAGAGGAUUCAGUAUGUACAGUAUGGGCCCACAGAGUGAAGGUAUGGCAGGUGACUACCUGGGAGGAGAGGCCUACUGGGCUGGAGGCCUCCAUCUCUACACUCCUCUACCCUUCAGACCAGGCAAGGGGGGCUUUGGUGACCUCUUCCGAACACACUUCUUCCUCAAUGCCGGGAACCUUUGUAACCUCAACUAUGGGGAGGGGCCACAAGCACAUUUGAAGAAACUGGCAGAGUGCAUCCGCUGGUCUUAUGGACUGGGCGUCGUGCUGCGUUUGGGUAACAUUGCCAGACUGGAGCUUAAUUACUGCAUUCCCAUGGGAGUCCAGAGUGGCGACAGGAUAUGUGAUGGGGUCCAGUUUGGAGCAGGAAUCAGAUUCCUGUGAAACUGCAGUUCUUAGAUCUGGAGCUUCCUUGUGUUUCAACAUGAGUUUUAUGCCAGAAACAUAAAGGGGAAAGUGGUUGUACAGAAUUGUUUGUGGCGACUAAUUAGUUCAAUAAAAGUGUUUGCACUGAC